AUGUCUCCGGCCGCAGAAGAAGCGCCUUUGCUGCCCCAAGUCAAUCCGGAGUCACCCAAGUCCGCCAGGGUCUCCCGGUCCGUGACGUUUAAUCCACUGACGACGAUCAGCACCUACGGCGGAACCACCUCCUCCGACCCGACCUUUCGCCCUCUCCAAGCGAGUUCUCCGCCGGUUCAAAACAUCAAUGCCACUGGAGGUCCCAGUAAACCGGGCAGUCAGCCCAUGCUGUCGGCAUUGAACAGCAAACUUCGACGUCGCAACAGCCACGGCGCUCCCUUCACUGCGCCGUCCACUCCCGCCUCGAAGAUCGGACCGCAGCGAACUACGAAAAAUGCUCAAAAGCUCAAGCUACUUCCAGACCCGAUCACGGCGGAAGAGGAGGAAUACUUGGAUGGAGACUUUCCACGAGAUGUGUACUCGCAAAUCACUCGCAUCAAAGAGCCCGCAGCUCGCAGUCACGCCGCGCGGCUGGGGAAGGCUGACCGCGACCGCAUCCCACGAGUGACAGCAUACUGCACGGCCAACUCCUACCGACUAGAGGGGGUGGUGAAAUUUCUCAAGUCGCGCGCAAAGACACGCGGUGCGAAUCCCAAGUUGUUUGACGAAUGUGUCUACUCUCCGUUCGAUUACCAGUAUGAGGAGAAGCAGAAGGGCACUCGGUUCUUCUCUAGUACAGGCGGAAACGGUCAUCACGAGCGCCGAACCAGUGAACGGAGAUACUCGGACAGCGUUGUGGAGGUGGAAGACAAUACAAAAUCCAGAAGAGAGGAUCUCAUCGACUUCCGUGAGGAUGCCGGGCAUGCCGGUGACACGACUUCAGAGCGCGCGGUGUCAACCCCUCAGUCAGACGAGCCUUUUGACAUCGACACUACCAUUCACACACCCGAGGUCUUCUUGUUCGACUACGGCACGGUCGUGAUUUGGGGCAUGACACCUGCACAAGAAUCACGUUUCUUGUCUGACAUCUCGAAAUUUGCAUCCUCGAUUUUAAGCCCCGACGACACCCAGAUCGAGAAUUUUAAUUUCUACUAUGCGCGAGAAUACCAAGCGAGGAUAUACAACGAUUUCAUCUCACUGCGGGAUCCGCGGAACCACAUGAUCAAACUAGCAAUUUCACAUGCCUUGGCUCAAUCGGUCAAAACAUCGCUCUUCGAGGAUCUGUUGUCAGAGACCAUUGCCGACACCGCACCUCUACCAGCUCAGAUUGCGCAGACUGGCAGUGUCAAUUUGACGCGGAGACAGAUCAACAUGCAGAUUGGAGAGCUGUUUAUUCUGAGAAUCAACAUCCACUUACAGGGAUCAGUUCUCGACAGCCCGGAACUCUUCUGGGCGGAGCCACAGUUAGAACCCGUUUAUCAGGCUGUACGCAGUUAUCUGGAAAUGGACCAGCGGGUCAGUCUGUUGACGGAACGUUUGGAUGUCAUUGCCGAUCUUUUGGCCGUGCUCAAGGACCAAUUGACGCAUCGUCAUGGCGAGUACCUGGAAUGGAUUGGUAAGUCAAUCAAGCGGCAGCUGGCCGGAUUGGGAUGA